UCAGUGCGGUUAAGUUGAGCAGUAGUUGUCUGUAAUCCGUUGUGAAUUUUACUCUUCCAGACUUCAGUUGUCGAAAGAAUCGUGUCGUGGUAGUUAGAAUACAUGUUCAGGCCGUGAUUGCAGACCUAUUUAUCUGAAACAUUGUGGUUCAUUCAUCUAAUAUUCAAAACUUGCUUAUCGUGAUUAAAGUGUAAAAAAAUAUAUACUGUCGCGACUAAAAUACCGAAUGUUUUAAUAGAUUGUCGAAGAUUUGACGUCGAUUGACAAUCUUUUCGCAAAUAUUUUUAAAGGAGGUGCUUUAUUUGUGUACGUUCAGUGAAAACAAUACGCCAGGUGUUUUGGUGAUAUAUGUGAAGUGUUCUAAAAGCAGUUAUUAAUUUUAACGAAUUGUGUUGUGACGUACUGGUCGCGUGAAAGUUCAGUUUUAUAUUGGUGUUUGUAAUUCUUGCGUCGUGUGAAAAUGCUCGAACGUCGAUUGUGCUACAAUAAUGUUUCCAUGAAGAUGUACAAAGGGGCCAAUAUUCGUCUCAUCUCAUUAUCAUAAUGGGGGAUCAUACUCCGCGGCAGGGUCAGACCGCCAAGCAUGUUGCGCCCGGAGUCACCCCUCGCUGAUCACCGCAGCCUUCUGCCCCGCCGUCUUCUACCGGCCAAGGCACAAAUCGCACCAGUUGAUAAGAAGAAGAACAGACGAUCUCUGGAACUAAACCCUCCGUCCAACGACCACGCCCCAUACGACUAUCCCAAACUCCUCAUAUCGAAGACCACUGAUUCACUUAACACGGAAUGCCCUCGGAAACUGAUCAACAAACAAGACUCCUCUGAUAGUCUCAAGCGAGCGUUGUUAUCCAAAGAAGAUAAGAAAUGUGCAUUGAAAGAAGUAGACAAGAAGGUCUUAACUAAACAGGACUCAAACGAGAGCCUCAAGAAGAACCCGCUCAGCCGACAAGAUUCGAAUGAUAGCGCGAAAAGAAGAGACUCGGAUCCGAAAUGGCUGAGAUCAGAUGAAAAGAAAUCUGUGGAGAUUAAGAGAGGCGGUGAUAAGAAAGGUCUACUGGAGACCGAUAUAGAUGAUGCGUGUAAACGUAUCUACGAGAGGAGAACGGGCUGCGCUCGGCCUACUCUGCCUCCUGUGGCGGAGAAGGGCGUGUCCCCCAAAUCACCGAACGGAAGCCCCAUAACGCCGGGGGUGGUCGCUGUCGCUGAGGGGGUAGUGCGAUGGGGUAGUGGACUACUGUCUCCCAAAGACGAGCCAAGACUGAGACCAGCCAGGAGCUGGUAUGGAUAUGGAACACUGCCCACUGACGGUGACAAGAUGGGAGCAGGCGCGAACGGACCUGGGGGUCGUCGUGCCCUGGAGCUCAUAUUAAGUGGAGGCCUCAAGUCGCUCGCCAGGCCCCCCAAACCGGUCCGAAGGGCAGCCUCCAGAGACUCUGUCCUGUCACAACCGCAACCGUUGCUGGAAGGUCUUCGUAAAUGUUCCACCGUGCUGGCUCUAACUGAUCGUGAGAAGGCCCCAGAACCGAUCAGAGCUCAUAACAAACUGAGAGCACCCUCCGUCUGUUCCAGGUGUUCGUCAUUACUCUCACUCGCCGGGGCUGGAGGCUCCAGAUACUCGUUAGACCACGCCGGUGGCUUCGUCCCAGCCGCCCCGAUCAAUUGCAAGCUUUGCUUAGACGACGCGACCUCCGAUAACGUGACCGUCAUCUCGGGAUGCGGGUGCAGCUUCUGUACCAGGUGCAUGAAAGCUUACGUGGAAUUCGAAGUAUGCAACGGUGCGUAUGAAGUGUCCUGUCCCGAUGACCGCUGCAGCGCUGGCGCAGCGCUGUCCUUGGACGAGAUAGGACUACUCGUUGAGCCAUCCGUGAUGGAGAAGCAUCUCAAGUUCAGGCUUAAUCAUGAAGUGGCAAUGGACGCGAUGCGUGCUUUCUGCCCUCGACCCGGCUGUGACACAGUGGUACAGGUCCGAGCAGCCAGUCCAGCACAUUGUCCAACAUGCAGACACGACUUCUGUUCACAGUGUAACCAAGAGUGGCACGGCGGUAUAUCCUGCGAGGCAGCUGCGGCGUCAUCCUCUAUGGGUGGUGCCGGAGCUCCUCUUCUGCCAGAUUCCGAGCUGAUCAAACUCUGUCCCAUGUGUCGAGUCCCCAUAGAGAAGGACGAAGGCUGCGCUCAGAUGAUGUGCAAGAGAUGUAAACACGUCUUCUGUUGGUACUGCCUCGCCUCGCUUGAUGACGACUUCCUUCUGAGACACUACGACAAGGGACCUUGCAAGAACAAAUUGGGCCAUUCUAGGGCAUCAGUGUUAUGGCAUCGUGCACAGGUGGUAGGUAUCUUCGCUGGUUUCGGUCUACUCCUGCUCGUGGCCAGUCCACUGUUGCUUUUGGCCGCGCCCUGCAUCGUGUGCUGCAAGUGCAGACUCUGCAAUCCCAAUACGAAGAACUUGGAGGAAGUGGAUGAGAUAGAGAGCAUCAGUCCCGGCCGAGAAGACGACGACGAACGUACGAGAUACAUCUCAGACUGACGAUACUAAAGUAGACCUUAUUACAAGGUAUUACAGUUGCAGUUUGAUCAUAUCGAACUCUUAACACAUUCAACUGAACCUUUAUCAAUACGAACUAUUUUUACUUACCGACAGAUUUUAAAACCAAAAAUCUGUUAACACUUAUUCGGGCUUUAGUGACUUAAUAAAAGCGGAGAUGAAAAGUUGUAACGUAAAGUGAACUCUGUGCUGUUGUAAUAAAGUUCACUAUGGCAUGUCGGUUGUAAAGUAUGAAAAUGAUAAAGACUUAAGAUUUGAUCGUAAAUUAUAAUAAUAGUUUAGAUGUCACGGUAAGGAGUACAAAUUAAGGAACUAGCUGGUAUUAGCUAUCGUUAGCUAGUCAUAGAUACGGAGAAAUUUAAACGGAAAAAUAAAACUUAAAGUAAUAGCUGUUAAAGUUAUGCUUGAGUCAUAUUUUUUAUCUGUAUUUAAUGUUGAUUAUAUAAAAAAUUAGAAAAUGGCGUUUGACCUAGGUUAGGAUAAGUUAUUGUGCACGCGUUGUCUAUGGUUAGUGUGAGGCCUCCAAAGGUGACUUAACAUCGUGACGAAAAUGGGCCAAUUUAUUAUAAUUAUAUGAUCUCUGGACAUAAAUUAAUGUUAUAUAUAUAAAGAAAUAGAGUGAAUACAUUGCAAAUGUUCUCUAAUAUUAUAUAUUUUGACAGUGACGUCUACAGAUAACAAAUAAUUUUAUGACAUUAAAUUACGAGACGACACAUUGUGGUUAUUGUCAGAAUGUUUAAUGGAAGGUAAUACGUUUAAAAACUUAUCUUCAUUAUAGAUUAGCGUUGAAUUAAACAAAAAGAACUUAAUGAUCUGUGAGAACUCUUAGUGAAUAGUUCGGAUAUUUGGUACUCAGUAUUUUUGAUGCUUAUUAAGGACCUGUCGAGAAUAUAUUUUGAAAUCAAGCUGUAUUUAGUGUUAGUUCCGGUUUUUGAUAUUCUUAAGUGUGGAUUCAUAUAGACGUGGCUGAAAACUAAAGUCGGGGGGGGGGGGGGUAUUAAUGUCAGUGAUAGAAAAUGUCACACAUUAAUUAAAUCAUAUAUAUUCUUCUAAAUUAUAUUUAUGUCUCACGUUAUGUCAGAAUGUUGUGUUUUAUUAUGAUGUACUUACGAACAAAUCCCCUGCUCUUAAAAAUAUCAAAAACUAUUAAUAUGUUAGUGUCAUUAGAAAUAUCAAAUAUUUUCUAUAGACAUUGAUGUUUAUUUAAAAUUGUAUAAGAUAUAUGUCAUAUUCAUGGUGAUGUGGAGACGGAGUGGGUGUUGCUAGUUGUAUAUGGUUUGACAUAGAUACUGUGACUUACGUGUAAAAGUUGACUGAAGUUUUGUUAAGACAAUGAGACUGAUGAAAGAAACUGUCGAUUGUUUGUGGAUCAAAAUGGACAUGUAACUCAAUGUUAGGGAUAUUAUAUUAUGAUUUGUAUGGAAAACUAUUGAGGUGAUUCUUUAUUUCAUGUCAUUUGAGUUAUAUGUUUUGUUACAAACUAGGUAAUUAUACAUCAAGAUCACAGGAGUGGCAGAUAUUUUUUAUAUAAAUUAAACUACUCGCUGUUGUUAUAUAUUUCUUCUUUGUUUUAAGUGAGGACGGGAGAGUGAAACCUUAAAAUUUCAUCUGUAGAAUGGUUAUGGAUGUAUCGUGUGUGGUGUAACUUGUGUAGUCUGCUGUGUGAGUCGUGAAUGUUAGUGUAACUGCAAUGCAGUGAUACAAUGCAUGUUAGUUUUAAUAAAAUUAACUCUAUAUAUGUGAACAGAAACGUUCGACAGCUGUAAUUUAUAUCAAUUUUAUUAUAAAAACUUGCACUGCUUUUUCAUUUUUUGCUCUAACAGAGCGUUAAAACGUAACUUAUUCAUAGUUAUAUAAUGAAUAUUAAUUUAUUGUAAAUAAGGUAUAUUACUGUACUUAAAGCGGAUCCAUUUUAAUUGUUAUUCUCGAUUUCUGUCGUUAAAAAGAAAAGCUCAAAAAAAAAAACUCGUGAACUCCAGUAACCGUGUACUGUAAUGUGUUUAAUGUUGUAAGAUUUCUUGUAUAUAUUUAACGAGUCUCUUUAACUCAAUCGAUAGCUUGUUGUAGCGAGCUAGUUGAAGCAUUUGUAGAUUUAGAUUGGAAAUUGUCUAUAGUAUAGAAUAAGGAAGGAAUUCAUCACUUCUAUGUAAGUCAAUGGUAUGUAGCGAGGGCCGCCACCAUUAAAUUAUAUUAUUGGACACAGUUAUAUUCCAAUCUGCCAAUCAUUUGAUUAUAACAAAUAAAGCUUAAGUGUAUUUAAAAUUGCUAUUCAAUUGUGACAAUUUAUUUAGUGAAUGAUUUAAAAAAAAACUCUCUUUUUGUUAUCUUCAUAUGAUUUGAACUAAGUCUAUGUGAUUAAUAUCAGAAACACAUAUAUCUUGUGUCCAAUAAAACGGCAGUUGUGUAAAUAAAAUUACUAAAAUUUAUUUUUGUUAUAAAAAUUUUACUUUGCGUUUAUUUUGUGUUGAUAGAACAUCACUUUGAGUUAAUUAUUUUUUUUUUAAGUAAUAAAGAUUUUCAAAUAAA